UUGGAUCACAGCACAGAUGAAGAGAUGAAAAUGUUGUAGUAAAGUAUUUAAGACUGAAAGCAUAAAAUUUAUGUGCGGAUAAUAGAGGAGAUUGCGUUUAAAUUCCAUUCAGUCAAAUGAUUUCUUACUUAUAAGUGUUAUAAAUGGCUGGUAUUUCUGUUGCAAGAUCAUGGCAAGUUAUCAGACCACAUGUACCAAUGAUAAAAUUCAGGAAAGGAGGUCGCUUAGUUGCAGGCUCAGAAGGCACUGUGACCCCAACACCACAACAUGCCACAGGAUCAGCUGGGGCAGGAAAGAAGACCAACAUUGCUUCAAGACCUGUAAUUGAAGACUAUCAACUCCCACUCCGGUAUCGCAGACAGCCAAUUGAUGAAAAGGAAAUUGCCUAUAUUAAUAGAGGUGGACCAGAGUGAUACCGACAGUCUGCGUGAGAAGACUGUAAAACAGCACUAACCAGUUCUGAUUAGUUUUGGAUAAUUAGACUUCAUUUGUUGUUCAGUUAGUUUGUUGUGCAGAAUGUGGAACAUAUUUAUAUACUGCAGGUCAUGAAAAAUUUAUUUAAUAGUAAUUGUUAAUCUUCAUUAUAUAUAAAUUAAUUAAUUUUUGUGUUAUGGAAAAAGUUCAAUAUUUAGUAUGUAGUUAAAAUUGUUCUCAAGUUGUUGGUACCCUAUAUUAACCUGUUUAAGGCAUUGUGUCUGUAAUCAAGUGAAUAAAAUUGGAACGUUGUGAAGCAGCAA